UGUUUAAUUUUAUUAAACAAUCAAUUGAUUGACUGUUCACUAAACGAUAGACUCGACUGUUGGUUGGAAUAUGACUUUAGCGUCGAUAAAGACUCAUGUGAACAGAGAGGUUGUAUUUGGGACGGAGAAAAACGGCCAAACGGUGUUCCCAUUUGCUAUUUAGACAGGAAUCGUGUUGGCUAUAGACGGGUAGGCGAUGUCCGCAGCAAUACAUCAACUGGUGGACAGUUAGAUCUGUCGCUGAAAGAUACGGCUCGCCGGGUAUUGAAAAAUUCGCCACAAAUUGAAUCCGUACGGUUUGAAUGGACAUAUCUGACCGAUCGUAUAGUACGGGUAAAACUGGUUGAUCCGAAGUCCAGACGAUACGAGGUUCCUGUUCAGCAAAACUUUCCGCUUUUGGUGGAAAAGACUGAACCAAUUGAUCCGAAAAAACUUCAAUACAGUGUCGACAUUAGCGAUGAUAAACAGGAUUUUAGUUUUUCAAUACAACGAAAGUCGACUAAAACUAAAUUAUUUGACACAUCAAUCGGUGGUCUAAUAUAUAGCGACCAAUUGCUACAAAUAGCCACACGUUUGCCGACCGGUAAUGUGUACGGUAUGGGCGAAAAUACACACCAUUCCCUCAGACAUGACUUUACCAACUAUAAGACAUACCCAUUGUUUACACAGGACAGGGCUACUGGUGAUGAACAGUUCAACUAUUAUGGUGUCCAUCCGUUUUAUACAUGUCUGGAAAGUGAUGGUCAAUCACAUGGCAUACUAUAUCUAAGCAGCAAUGCUAUGGAGUAUACAUUACUACCUGAGCCGGGUUUGUCAUUCAAAACACUGGGCGGUGUAUUAGAUAUGUUUGUAUUUGUUGGCGACAGUCCGGGUCAUGUGAUCGAGUUGUAUACAUCGCUAAUCGGUCGACCAAUUUUGCCCCCAUUCUGGGGACUGGGCUAUCAGUUGACUCGUUGGGGAUUUAAAAAUACGGAUGAUUUGCGUGCAGUAAUCGAUCGCAAUCAAAAAGCUAACGUUCCUCUGGAUGUCAUGUAUAUGGAUAUUGAUUAUAUGGAUCAAUACCAUGACUUUUCCUAUAAUAGACAAUCAUUUGCUGGUUUACCGCAAUUGAUUCAUGAAACAAAAUUGAAUGAUAACUUGCACUGGACAUUGAUAUUGGAUCCGGCCAUCGAGGCCGUCGAAAAAGAUAAUCCCGUAUUUAUGGACGGCUAUAACCGAGAUGUUUAUGUCAAAUGGGAUAAAAGUAUAGCCAAACAGGAUAGGUAUAAUCCGCCGAAUGUACCGUCGGAUAGGGAUGUCUUGUAUGGUAAGGUAUGGCCUCGAGGACCGGCAGCUUUUCCGGAUUUUUUCAAAAAUGUUACACAUGAAUGGUGGAUCCGAUGGGUCGGCCAAUUGCAUAAGGAUCUACAGUUUGACGCCCUAUGGAUUGAUAUGAACGAACCGGCCAAUCAAAAUGAUCAAAUCUAUCACUGUCCACAAAAUAAAUACGACUAUCCAGCUGUUAGGACAAAAGCUCUCUAUGGAAACGGUGUACGCGAGUUAGGCCACAAAACUUUAUGUAUGACCACCAAACAGGGCGAUCAUAACGAGUACCUGCACUAUGAUGUCCAUUCACUGUACGGUCUAACCGAAACUAUGGCCACACAAAAGGCUAUCCACGCAGCGACCGGUAAACGCGGGUUUGCCGUUAGCCGAUCGACAUACGUAUCGUCCGGCCGUUACGGCACCCACUGGUUGGGCGAUAAUUUCAGUGUCUGGGAUAACAUGAAGUUCUCGAUUAUUGGUAUACUUGAGUUCAAUAUGUUUGGCAUUAAUUUUGUCGGACCAGAUAUAUGCGGAUUUCUUAGCAAUACUACACCCGAACUGUGCAAACGGUGGCACCAAUUGGGCGCCUUUUAUCCGUUCAGUCGUAAUCAUAACUGUAUCGGUAAUCGAGAUCAGGACCCGGCCUCGUGGAUAACAGCCGGACAUCCGGAGGUUACCGAUGCCAUGAAAGUGGCAUUCAGUUUACGCUACAAACUGCUACCCUAUUUCUAUACACUGUUCUAUAAGGGCCAUACCAGGGGCCAGACAGUUGCCCGACCAUUGUUUCACGAGUUUCCUACUGAUAAUAAUACCCAUUCAAUUGACGAACAGUUUAUGUUUGGACCGGCAGUACUGGUCUCACCGUUUCUCUAUGAGGGCCAAAAACAAGUCAAAGCUUACUUACCCGACACUAACACUGUAUGGUAUGAUUUAAAUCUAAAUCAAUCGAAACCGGGUUAUGUAGUCAUCGAUGAUAACGGUAUGAUACCUGUCCAUCUACGGGGCGGUUAUAUACUACCAAUUAGUUCGGAACCUAAUCACGUCAAUACCCGUACCGUUCGGGAGGGCGGUCUAAAUCUGUUGGUAUUACCCGAUCAGUCGGGCAGAGCUGUCGGCGAUUUUUUCUGGGACGACGGCGACAGUAUUGAUACCAUUGAGAAACUGGAGUAUAAUUACUAUACGUUUUCAUUGGAAAACAAUACAUUGGAUUUGACGGUUGAAAAACUGAAUUACAAAACAAAACAACUGAUAAAACUGAUAGAAAUAGUGUCCAGUAGUGAAGGCCAGACAUGGACUGUAACAUUAGAUGGCAAACCAUUACCAUUGGAGGUCAAAGUUCACGGAGGAGUGGCUCAAAUACCCGUUAAUAUUGAUUUAAUCGGUAAAUCGGUCGGCGAAAAGUGGUCAUUGAAAUGGAAACCCGCAUUUUAAUAAUAUUUAUAAUAAUAAUUAUAUUUUAAUUAAAUUUAUUUAUAAACAGAUAUUGUA